UUUCCUGUUUACAACAAUGGAUGCCCAGAAACAUUUUUAGGUUUUUGUAGCUUGUAAUUUUUGUCUCGAAUUAGUCUAUAUUCUAGAUGUAGUAAAAAAUGUUGAAUUCUCAGAGUUUUGAAUUGUUUCUUUAUUUUAUUGCAAUGAACGUAAUAGAAUUAUCCAGCUUAAACGAAAAAAUAGUACAUUCAGAUUUAGAUGGAAAGAGGCCGACAACACAACUGAACAGUAAAGACAAUGACAGAAUUGAUGUGCCAAUUUGGCAAGUUGUACAUCCACAUUUCAUUUGCAACCUCAGUGAUGGCUGCUUAUCAUUCAGUAUUAUUCAUCCUCAUUGUUCAAAUGGGUAUUUGGAAUUUAUAGCCAGCAAAUAUGUCAAUGUAACUCUUGUUGUAAAGAACUGCUAUGUAAAGGUCAAAGAAAACAAUGCCCCUUUUAUCUUUUGGCUUUGGGGCUCAGAAAAUAAAAAUGAAAGUGAAAUACAACGGUGCAGGUUUAAAACAUCAUGCAAAGUACCAAAAAUGGCUGUUACAAAUUCAUUUCACAGAAAGAGUUGGCUAGAAAUUGGCUUACACUUCAAAAAUGAUACACUUGUAUAUAAACUAUUUGUCACUAUGAAUUCAAAUUUUAUUUAUGACAAGACAAUUCCAAAGAAAAAAAAAUUGAUUUCUCAGCGUAUUGAUGGCACCAAUACAAUAGACAAAAACAUCACAUUCAAAGAACUUAAAAAUGUAAAAAAUGUUUUAGCUGAAACAAAAUUAUACAAAAUUUUCUUCAGAGCAAUAAAGUCCUUGACCAAUACAGAUGAACGAAAGAAUAAGAGCAAUCCUAACUUCUUGCAUUCUCAUUCUAGAAACAGAAGACAGAAAAAAAGGAAGCACAACAGUUUAAUAUUUUUAAUUUGGACAGACUUGAGAAAACAGACUUUUUAUAAUCAAGAAAGAAAAUUAGGAGCACAGUUUAAUUCUACUGAGUCUUUACUUAGCACACAUCAAAACUUUGAUUUUGUUCAAAGGUAUUUUAUAGAAUGGUAUAAUGCAUGGAAAAUUUCAUCCAAGCAGAAAAGUAACUCUUCACUUUCAGUAAAUGAUAGGCUCCGAAGAAAAAAGAAAUUACUUGAAAGUGAUGGAAUGUUGAAGAAAACUGGAUCAUCAAAAGCAGUCUCUAGACGUAAACGGGGUUGGGUUAAUGAAGCUGAUGACCUUGCUAUACUAACACAGGGAGAAAAUUCUAGGGACAAAGAUAAAAUUACAGAGAUGAUUGCCUCAGACUUUGCAUCCAACUUGGAUAUUGACAAGCCCAUAGUGUCGUCUUAUGGGAGCUCAUUAGGCAACCUCAAAAACCUUGACACCAUGGUUAAUGACCUCAAAUCUGAAAGAGAAAAGGAAUUAAGUCUCAACGAUGUGAGUGAAACGAUUGCUUCCAAAGAGGCUCAUGAAAGUUUUCACCUGAAAAGAUUGAGAAGUGACAUAAAGAAAAUGGAAAAACAACUGGCCAUUGCUGAAGUGAAGCAAUCCCAAGCGGAGAGUGACCUCAUGGCUAACACCAAUGAUAAAUUAGCUGAAGCACUGGCUCGUAAAAAGGCAGAUGCUGAAGAUGCAGUCAAAGUGCUCUCAGAGAAAUUGCACAAACUAAAAGAUGACUAUAGAAUUUUUAAAGCUUCCACAGAAGUUGCUGAGAAAGGUACAAAACGAAAACUUCAUGGACUUGUAGUCAUUGACCCAAUGUGGGGAGACUGGACACCGUGGAGCAAAUGUUCUGCAGACUGUGGCGAAGGUGGUUUCAGUGUCAGACGGCGAGAAUGUGAUACUUUGCCAGAUGUGCCAUGUGAUGGCAUUAGCUUUGAUAUGAGGCCUUGUAAUACUGGUUUAAAGUGUGAAGCUCAGUGGCAAGAUUGGGGUGCAUGGGGACCCUGCUCAAUGACCUGCGGCAAAGGAGUUCGUGCCAGGAGCCGUGUGUGCAUGACUGGGGACAAAGAAAUUUCAUGUAAAGGACAAUCCUCCAGUCUAGAGAAAUGUACUUUACCUCUCUGUGAGGAACAGGUAGUAGACCUACAACCCUCUGACAAAAGAAGUGUUGUCAGUUCUCAAGGAAUUCCUAAAGCUCCUUUGAUAGUUGUACCUAGAAGUGGUGAAGCUAUUGCUCUGCAGCCUUUUGUAUGGGGAGUUUGGGGUCAGUGGGCAGCUUGCUCUAAGAACUGUGGAGAAGGGCGUCAGAUCAGAGUCAGAGCAUGUGUAGAUGAAUCCAAGACAGUGCUGAUCAAAGUGAUGGUCAACCACUGUGGAGCUGGAAGUGAUGCUCAGUCCAGGACAUGUAUGGGCCCAUGUCUAGACCCAGCUUAUGUUGCAGCUGUAGGAGUAGGAGCUGGUGGUGCUGCACUUGCAAACUAUGACGAUGCCCAUGAUGGUGCUUACAUUGUAGAACAAGAGAAUGGCGAAGGACCCAGAGUUGUAGUCAAACCCAAAGUUGAUGAAAACUCAAACAAAGUUGUUUUGGCAGAAUCUGCUGAAGGGGCUCCAGUUGUGGUAGCUGCCUCAGGUGCAGCUGUCGCUACAAGCAGUGAUGAGGAUGAAGAAAAUUCAGAGUUAUCUCCCUCUACUAUUUUAUUCAUCAUUUUGCUGAUUUUGUGUGUCAUUUUGAUUAUCAUAGCCUUCUGUAUUUGGUUUUGCUCAAGGCUUGAUGACCUCAAGCUGAAAAAGACUAGAGAAGCUAACCAACCAUUCUAUAAAGAUAGUCCAGAUGUUGGCAAUGAUCCCUACAGUAAAAGUGCUACUGCUCCAGUCUAUGGUUUAGUGAAACCAGUCAACAAGGGAGAUAAUCAAGGAGCACCAACUCCAUUUGGGAUGGUUAAACCUGAUGAGAAUGUACGUCCAGCACGUACACCCAGCCCUGAAACUCCUGAAGAGCCACAAUCCCAGGACAUGUCCCCUAUUCAGCAGGAAAAACCACCCAAGAAACACAGCCGUGACUCUGCUGAAGUAGCACAAUCGCGGGACGUGUCCCCUGCUCGCCCUGCAAAACCACGCAAGAAACCCCAGAAGCAUUCUGAAAAAAGGGGCACAUUUUUCGGUGGUGGGGGGCUAAAAAAGAGACAUGAAAAAGACUCAGGGCAUGAAGUAAAAGGUGCAGGUAGCGGCAGAGCUACUGUUUUAGAUAGUGACUUUAAUCAAGGAACAGAUAGUGGAGAUGAAAGCAGUGAUACUAGUAGUGACCUUGAUAUGGAAAUGGAUGCAGAUGAAGCAGGUGGCAGUAAAGGUGCUUUAAAAAGUGACAAAAAGAAAUCAAGAAUCAAAAGUCCAAAAGGAUCUAUUUCGGGUCAGGCCAGAAAAACAAGGGAUCGGAGAGGUGCUUUAAAGGGUGACAUUUAUCAUGAAUUAGGAGCCAGGGAUCGCAGAGGUGCUUUUAAGGAUGACAUUUAUCGUAAAUUAGAAGAUUUGGGCCGCAGAGGUACUUUAAAGGGUGAUCAUGAUCAGACAGCAGAUCAAGAUGACAAUGAAAGUAGCUCUGAGGACAGUACAUCUUCUUCCUCUGGAUCUGAUGACCAUCAGCCAAUCAAGAAGCAUGCUCUAAAGAAACAAGCUAAAAAAAAAGAGGACAUUCUCCUCACAAAAUCAGAAAGUGUCCAGACUUCUUUUAUUUUGUGUAGAGAUGCUGAAACAGGUGACAUUGGUGGAGUCUGUGAGCAUCAGGCAGCAGAAGUCACUGUGAAAUACAACAAAAUAGAAACCUGUACAGUGGAAGGCCCUGUGCCCUUCAAGAAAAGGACACGUCUGGUGGGUAGUGAUAAUAAAGCUAAACUUUGGAAUAGUGACUUACCUUACCCCAAAGAAUCAAGGGGGAAAAAAAGGCUUGUAGGUGCUCGGCUAGUAUAUGAAAGCAAUAUGGUGCCAUUUUUUGUGGACGUAGAUCCAUGCCAGGGUUCUUUACAUCACAAAUCUAAUGAAUCUGAAAAGUAUCCACAAAAAAUAAACAGUAGAUUGAGCCAGGUGAAAUCUUUAACAGCAGUGUCACCUCUCAGAAGACAUAUGGGUACUUCUUGUCAGAAAUCAAAUGUAUCUGAAAAAUGUCCACAAAAAACAAGCGGUAGAUUGAGCCAGGUGAAUUCUUCAACAGCAGUGUCACCUCUCAGACGACAUAUGGGUACUUCUUGUCAGAAAUCAAAUGUAUCUGAAAAAUGUCCACAAAAAACAAGCGGUAGAUUGAGCCAGGUGAAUUCUUCAACAGCAGUGUCCCCUCUCAGAAGACACGUAGGCAUGGUCAAAGUUGAAACCUCUCAGAAAGAAGAUACAGUUGGAGAUAAAGAAAAGUAUCUCAGCCAAAAUCGCAAACAGAUAGAACAUGUUUAUUUGGAUAAUAAAUUGAAAACUCUGCCCAACAAGCAAGCAGAGGUUAAUCAGUGUAACCAAGAAGCUUCAAAAUUAUCAUCUUUAACAGUUGUUGAGACAGGGGGAGCUAAUUCUUGCACAGAAUGCUUUCAUGGAGAAAAUGGGCAGCACGCAGAAUGUGUGUCAGUAACAGAAAAACUUCGAUUUUUUUCUCCCCUUACUUCUCCUCUCAGCAGUCAACUUUAUCUAACUUUGUGCUCUGAAGAUUCAGGUCUUGUAAAGGGUAUUAGUCAGCCAUCUUCUUCUAAAGAGAAAGGACACAGAAAGGACAGUAAUGUCCAGAAUGUUAUGACCGAUCAGGUUUUCAGAGAAGCAAAACGAUUUUCAACAGAAUUACAAGAUAAGGAAAAAUCUUCAAAAUUUAAAUCUCCUCAGACCAGUCAACAUGGCCGAGAAGUUUUCUUGAAGGCUGCACAUCCCUAUCAAACAACAGGGGAAGAAGAAGAGGAGCAGCAAUCAAAGAGAGCUCAGACCCCAGAGCUGUUCAGACCAUCCACUGAUACGUUCAGCCUUAUCCAUCAGGCUCAAUCUGACCUGGGCCAGGUCUUAAGCUUAUCUGACCCUGAGAAAUUUUCAUUCGUACUUCAAGACACCAUUAAGCCACAGACUGAAACCAGAAGCAAGCAGCAGUCACAGUUGUAUACUACACUCAGACUUUUGAAGGAGACAGAUAGUGAUGCUUUUUUCUCUAGCAUACAGGACAGCCAUGAGCUUACAGAUUACAGAGAUCCUUUGGAGGAGAACAAAGUAGAAACAUAUUCAGAAGAAAAAGAUCACAACUUGCACAAUGAAACUGAUAUCAGAAACUUAUCCUAUCAGCAAAAAAAAGAAUCUGUGUUGAAAUUGUUGAAGACUGCUCCAAAGUUUCAACAACCUCCUUCAGGUGCGCUUGCAUCAACUCAGACAGACUCAGGCACUAUCUCACUGAUUUCCCUUUCAGGGGAUGUGGGUUCUUCCACCAUAGAUGAUAUUCUCAACUCUAAUGCUAGUACAGGGAAAUUCAUUGAGCCCCAGGAGACUUCAUCGUGGACCACAGGCAUGAACCAGACUGAGCUCAUGAAAACAGAGGCGAGUGAAGAGAAUGAGCUACCCACAGAUCCAUCAGUUGAUGCCAAUGCUAACAAGAACAUAGACUUAAAUCCUGUUGUCAAAGAGCUGGAGAAGAAACAAUUCAAAUUGUUGAAAACUAUUUGUAUGGGAGAAAGUAGACUAAAGAUCUAUGGGAAAGGCCAAUUCUGUUGUUGUAAUCCCAUGUGUCUUCAUAAUAAAUCUUGCUCAGCACCUAUCUACCAGAGUAUCUGCUCAGCUUACAGGGAUACAUCAGAGCCUUUCUGUCCAAACACAUCUCAAGAGUGCACCUGUGGGGAAAUAAUCAGAAGUGAUAAUUGUCUAUCACAUGCCUGUUCGGAUCAGUUAAAAUGUUUACAUUCCUGUAAUCUUAAGCAGGACCCAAGUACUGUUGCCAACGCUUAUGCUGGUCACCAACAAGAAAGGUCUUUCUCUCCACUGGGAAGGCGAAGCUUUUCAAAGGACAAGCUACAGAAAUGUGUCAGGUUUUCCAAGUCUACAAUCAUGGAUUCAUCAAACAGUGACAGCUGUCAGGAUAUUUUUCAGUCUAGUUCUUCUUCCACUUCUACUAGAGAUGUCCCUGCCAAGGCAGAUGAAAAUCAGUUGAAAAAAAUGCUGAACAUUCAGAUACAAAAGUUUCUGGAGACCACUAAAUGGGCAUCAACUAAAGAUGUAUCCGAUAUCCACAUUGAUUGGGCCAGAACUCAAAAGAAUAAGAAACGCGGCUGCAAGACUUCAAGCCAGUACAGUGCAAGAUUUUGUUCCGAUCUAUCUGAUCCAGGUAAACGUGGAUUAUCUUCCCAGCAUUCCUUCACAAUGAAGCCUGACCCCUAUACCACUUUUCCUUCACAACCUUGUUUGUAUACUCAUUUGUAUCACCCAGAAAAGAUAGGUAAAAUGUUAUCCAGUUCUCUUGAAAAGCAAGCUGAGUGUCAUCCUAGCUAUGCUCUGAAUGACCAAAAGAGUCACCUACCCCUUCAGUUUGAAAGCAAAACCAGUGCAUGGACUGAUAGUUUGUUGAAUUCAGAAGUCAACUAUAAGAGCUUCACACCUACUGACCAGCAAUUACCUGGAAACUCUGAGGGAGUUCCUCGGACUGGAGUUUGUCAAUAUCAACAUUUUCAUUCUAAUACUUCAAUGUUUGAUCAUACUAAACAGUCUGGGUUUCCACAAGUCUCAACUGAUUGUUUGGCCUCUCAGAAAUCAACCACUGACACCCUGAAAAGUAAUUGGUCUUGUGAAAUGUUACAGCAUCCUUAUUUGAGUAGUCCCAGAGCCAGAAAUGAUGACCAGUUGAAAAUGUCUCCAAAAAAACAUGGUGGACACUGUAAAAGUCCAUCUGCUAGAUCAUCACAACCAAGUUCUGCCAGGUAUUUAGAUUCCUUAGGGCGAUGUGACGUCCUGUCUCUUGAUCAUAAGAGAAAUUAUGAGAGCCGACCUAAUGUUUCACUGGCUGGGCAGUCCACUGUUCGGUUCCUUGUGGAUGCAUCAGAUGAUGAGGGUGAUUCGUUUGUCACUGCGACUGAUGACAGCAUUUUAGUACUAUUGUCUGACCCCACCACGGAAAGCUUUAGGAGUAUGUCCUCAGAGCAUCCAUCUUUUAUUGCCUCCGCAAGUGAGGAAGACGAGCGGAAUGAGUCCUUCUUCACCAUGGAGACAUUGCCAGAAAAUAAUAGUUUAAUGUUUUCUCCUAUCCAGUGCUCACCAUGCUGCAUCCCUGGGCGCAAAAAGGAAAAAGGUAAACCAUGGUCCUCACGCAUCAAGUUUUCAAGGGAAGGAAAAUCUUUAUCCCCACGAGCACACAUUUCAUGUGCCAGGAAUAGACCAGCGUACAAUGAACAAGCUUUUAGUUUCAAAAGAAGAGAGUUGUGUGAACAAGGCGAGAAGAGAUUAGGUCAAGGUAAGGACAGGUUAGGUUUGCAGAAAACAUUACUUCAUAGUACUGAUGCUUUACACAGGGGACCAUGUCAAGAAACAUUGAAGAAUAGAUCUUUAGCUGAUGGGCAUUCUGAUAAAAGAUUGAAAGAACUACUAUCAUCUAGACUAUCCAAGAUAUCAUUCUCUGAUACAAGUCUAGAUACUUCACAGACUAAUUCUCAUGUCAAUUCUAUCACUGGAAAAUGCUCUUCCUAUACAAGUUUAAAUCAAAAGCAGAAAUGUGAUAAGCUGCAGCAAAGGCCAUCAAGUUUUUCUAAUCUAGAGUUCAAUGUAGAUGAGAAAUAUCCCAAGUAUGAUAGACCAGCAUUGAACAGAAAAAGCACUGUUGAAUAUUAUGUAGAAAAACCACACUUACACAUGGCUUCCACCAACCAGAGGAAAUACAAGAGAUCACCUUUGAUGGAUACAAGCAAGAUGUCAUCUCAUGAGUUGGCAGAUGAAUUUAAAUCCCAUGAAUCACAAAGAAGAUAUUCAGAUGAUCUUAGAAUGAAGAACAAACAAUCCCCUAGAAGAUCAUCACAUGAAUAUAAAAGUUUUCCAAGAAAUGCCAAAUUGGCUGAAUGUAAAACAGAGCAGUCAUAUAGAUCAUUGGAUGAACCCAAGUAUCAAAAAAGAUCAUCUGAGAAAUUAAAAUCACCCAGAAGACCUUCAGAUAAAUGUGAAACGCACAGAAAUAAACACAAUAUACACACACAAUUAUCAGAUGAACACCACCAAAAAAGAUAUUCAAAUAAAAGCAACCCAAGUAAAGACACCUACAACAGGAGAUCAACAGAAAUGUGUCAGACAGGUAGAAAAACAGAAGAACGAGAAUGCACAACAGAUAUGAUACCAGUAAACAGUUCCAAUGAACUAGGCCUAAGCCCUAAGCAAGCAUAUUUACUAAGUAAAAAAGAACUUCAUUCGUUUAGAAAAUAUUCAUUGGAACUAGACCCACAAGAGACAAAUUUGAAGAGUAAAAAAGAUUCAAAGAAUCAAAAAAGAUUGUCAAGGGAAACAAGUCCAAGUAACCCAUGGGUGUCCCAUGACUCUCCACAAAGAAAAUCUCCUGAAAACUACAAAGCUGUUGGUUCUGCACCCUCACUAGGCAUGUCCCAUUAUUCAAGCUUACCCAGAAGGUUGUCCAUAAAUUUCAAGAAUGAAAAAUCAAUUUUGCACAAAUGUACAUCAGAUCAAUGUGAGAAAGGUAAAACAUCUUUGAAGGCAUUAGAGGAGUCUAAUGAAGAAACAUUUAUAGACAAAUUUAUAUCAGAUCAUCUCCAACAAGCUCAAACUUCUUUAGGUAGGUAUAAUGACAAUUAUACAUCUUUAGACAAAUCUACAUCAGAUGAAAGUGAACAAGUUAAAACUACUUUUGUGAAAUCAGAUAAGUGCAGUGAUGAUCAAAUAAAUUUGGACAAAUCUGCAUCAGAGGAAAGCAAGAAAACUAAAAAAUCCAUGAGACUAGAGGAGAGCAAUGAUAAACAAGCAUCUUUGAACAGAAGGCCUUCAGAUGAGCACAAAUCUAAUGAAUCAUAUUUACAAAAAAGACAUUCUGAUGAAAGUUUACAGACUUUAUGUAGAUCACUUCGUGAUUCACCUACAACAAACAGGUCAUCAGAUGACUCUAAAAUAAAUCUGUAUUCUCAUAGAAAGAAAGUUGGUCAGUGGGAACCAGAUCAAUUAACUCAUAAUAAACAAACACCUUUAAACAAAAGGCAUUCAGAUGUGCAGAAAUCUAAAGAAUCAUACUUACAAAAAAGACAUUCUGACGAAAGCUUACAGACCUUAUGUAAAUCCAUUUAUGAUUCACCUACAAGAAAGUAUAAAUCUUUACAUAACAGGUCAUCUGAUGACUCUGACAUAAAUCUGUUUUUACAUAGAAAAAAAGUUGGUGACAGGCAACCAGAUCAAUCAACUAUACAUAAAAUGCCUUAUAGUGAAUUUGAGUCCUCUUUACAUAAAAUGCCUACAGAAAAUUGUAAGCCAGAUAAGAUAUCAUCACAGAAAAUAUCGGAUGAUUGUAGGGAUAAAAAAUGUUUAGGUAGAAGUCACUCUGAUCAUUUCCCAAAUUUAAAGAUAUCAGAACAGAAGUUUUCAUCUUUUGCUUUGAAAUCCAAUAAGACAAAUUCACACAGAAUAUCAAAGGAUGCCUGUAAGCCAAGUUCAUCUUUUCAUAGUAUUUCUAUUGAUAAUUUGAACCAAGAUAAAAUAUCCAAAAAUGUUACAAAACCUGCUAAGUCUUUCAAGCGCAGACAGCAAGAGAAGUUUCAUGCUCAGACAACUUCUGUCCAUGGGAAGUCAUCCAACUUUUUAAGAUCAAAUCCUGAGGCUGUGACACAUCAAGUCGAUCAUCUGUCUUCAAAGAACAAAUUACUAUUGGAAGACUCAGAGCAAUCUGACACUACAUACUCUGAGGUCAGGACAUUUUCAGAACAAAUGACUAAGGAAGAUUCCAGAUCUUUUAAGUCUGUGACUAGCUUUGACUCUCUGUUUGAUAAAAUUGGCAGAGAUCAGAGCCAGAAUAAGCGAGAGGACUUGACUGGGGAGGGCUCCAUGGUGUCCAGCAGCAUGCAACAUAGUGGAAACUUGCAGCCUGUAGUCCAUACAAAUUCUAUAGCAUCAAGUGCUCCUCAUUUUGUGUUAAGCCAAAGGACCAGAAAAUAUUUUGCUAUGCCAGAAUCCUUGACUGAUAAAAGUGGUGCUGAGGAUGAGCAUUUGAAUUUUGGGGAGGAAGAAAGUACCAGUACACAGUUUUAUGACUCGGUUCACCUUACAAGAUUCAGAUAUAGUGCUGGAAGCCCUGAGGUACUGAGAAGAAACCCAAACUACAAACCCAGUGUUAUGUUUGAGGAAACAGAUUUAGAUGGCUACCUGUUGGCUGGUCACUGUGUGUCAGAUAUUGAUCUGCUGAUAUCUGAACAUGAAACCUCUGGCAGUGUGGUAGAUACCGGAUAUCAUCUGAGCCAAUCUUCCAAUUCAAAUGCCAUCCAAACUCUAGAUGAAAACAUUUGCACUGAGAGUCUCUCCAUUGGUUCGCAGUCAAUGCAGACAGUGAACAUAGUUAUCCACACUUUCAAUAGCAAUAAGCCAGAUGUGUCAUCUAAGGGCUCUGAGGAAAAACCGACUUCCCCAGCCUCUAUUAUUUAUCACUCUGUCAUUUCAGAUCAGACUAACUUCGAAACAUUGGCAGACACCUCGACUUCUAGAGCUUCAAAUAUAGCUAAUGUUCAGAACCCUCCCAAUGAUUACCUUCUAGAUGAUAAUGAAGAAUUUUUUAGCUUAAGUUGCUCUACCUUUAAGCCUGGUCCUUGCCCUAACUCUGUGCCUGGUCCUUGCCCUACCUCUAUGUCUGGUCCAUGCCCUAACUCUUUGCCUGGGACUAACAAUCAACUUAAUGACACUUCUAAACGAACUAAAGGAAUGCAUCGCAAUAGUGAUACAAGGUCAUCCAGUGAAGCAGAUACACUUUUCUUCAGCCCAACUGUCACUGCAAAAAUUAGCCCCACUCCAGAAAAGCAUUUGAGCGCAGGAGAUCAAAGGAAGGAAUCUAUGCAAGAGCAAGAGUGUCAGUUACAACCUGAUCAACUGGUCAAGGAUUCUAAUCAAGUGUCAGCUAAUCAUCUUAUACUUGAUAGAAAUAUAAAGUAUGGAGUAUCAUCUCAAGACACACCACUUGAUCUUCAAUCUGAUGAACAUAAUAAUCAGCCAGUUUCUUCAUUGCAAGAGACGAUGUCAGCACUUGAUCAGAAAGCAUGUAUUCAGAGAAAAGAUAUUCCAGUUCAAAUACAGCCAUUGGAUCUAAGCACUAGAAGUAGCCUCCAUCAGUCCACAGGUUGUGUAAACCCUUACACUCAAUCAGUCCAUCAAUUGCCCCAGGCCAAGGUCAGCAUCACGACAAGAGUUGAACACUGGAAACCAUUGCAUCUGAAGAAGACAACAAAAUCAAAGCAUAAGAAGGUAUGCCCUAGUUCUGGAUUCUAUAGACAUACAAAAGAACAGAGUCCUGAGGUGUUCAUAGAUAACUGUCAGGAUAAAAGCUGUCAAGCUACAAUAUCUCAACAGGUUCAAAAUCAGGGCAUCAUUCCAAAAGAGGACCUGAGUCAGAGCAUACAAUUACAGCAGGACCCUAGUCAGAACAUUCACCCACAGCAGGACCCUAGUCAGAACAUUCACCCACAGCAGGACCCUAGUCAGAACAUUCACCCACAGCAGGACCCUAGUCAGAACAUUCAUAUACAGAAGGAACAGAUUUCAGGCAUUAUACCAUCGCUUGACUUGAGUCAAGACUCUUUCUCACAGUCGGAAGAAAAAGUUCAAAUUGAGAAGAAGAUAGCUGAAAACCUCCUUCUUGAGCUGGGAGCUGAUAAACUUGUAAUGGAUAUUCAGACAGAGAAUGUGAGAGUAUUAAUUGAUGACAUAGAAUAUGAUGAAGACAAUACAAGUAAGCCAAGCCAUUCCAAAAAUCCAUUUUACUGGAACAAGAAAGAGUUGUUUUCAGAAGAUCUGUUGGGUGAUGACUCAGAUUGGAUCCAAAGUGCAGCAGAGAACACACUAUCCGAUGUUUCUUCUGAUAUAUUUGAAAAAUCUAAUGAGAUGUUUAGGUUAGCUGUAAGAAGAACUAAUGCACAUGUGGCCUAUGAAAUGCCUCAUCUGCUGCAGUCUAAUUCCAUUGAAGAAGUCGUUUUGAAUGAAGCUGAAGAGGAAGAAUGCUCUACUUCUAGUGACACAAGUGACUGUACUCAACCCCCGUGUGUUUGGGAUCAGGAUGACAUUAGUGUCCCCAAGAUGACACUGCAACAAGAAGCUCAUUUGAAACCACUUGGUGAGCCAUCUAAAGCCUGUUUGUGCCCACCUAAACAGUUUGAGAAAUAUGAAGUUCAGUACAAGUCAACCCUUUUGUAUGAGCACUCUCCAUCUAAGGAUGAGGCUUGUUGCAUAAACUACAUUCAACCUAAGAGUGUAAAUAUCUUAGCACACCCACUGUGUGAUUUCAAUGUAGGUGUAAACGUUGAGCUUUCUCCGCAACAUCCAAAACCAAAGGGCAAUGCACAAAAGCGAGGCUGUGGAAAAGAUCCUUUAGGCCAGGAAGAAUUGAAUUACUUUGAGCCUGACAAGCUGACCAAUUUAAUUCACUCAAAGAGGAAAUGGGGCGUAAGACUUGCUAAUGUAUCUCCCCAGCCUAACCAACAUAGCCCCAUAAGUUUUCAAGAGGCCUCAUUGAUCAGAGAGAUAUGUGUAUCUGACAGAGAAACACAAGCCACCUCAUUGAUCAGAGAGAGAUGUGUAUCUGACAGAGAAACACAAGCCACCUCAUUGAUCAGAGAGAGAUGUGUAUCUGACAGAGAAACACAAGCCACCUCAUUGAUCAGAGAGAGAUGUGUAUCUGACAGAGAAACACAAGCCACCUCAUUGAUCAGAGAGAUAUGUGUAUCUGACAGAGAAACACAAGCCGAUCUGUCUUGCAGCUCUCAGCCUAUGAAAACCCUUGAAACAGACCACAGCAUAUACAGAAGUUCAGUAUUGAAUGAGGCCGAACCUGAAGAAUUUACAGCCAGUCUAGUUUAUCGAUCUCAAAGCUCUGAUCAGUCAAUUAGGCAUUCAACUCAAAGCACAUGCUCUGCUGACUACUUCACACAAGGUUUGGUCAAUAACAGUCAACAAGGCCGGUAUGUCAGCCCAGUGAGGGACGUCUGCAAACCAAGUUUGAAGAAGAUUCAAGACUCAUUCGUGACCUCCUCACAUUAUAAAGUGACUGCUAAGCUCGAAAAGAAAACGGAGCGACUUGCGCAUGCUCCGCCUUCUGCAGCAGAGGUCGGCAUUAAUGUAAUCAGACAAGGUCAAAGGUUAACCCAAAAUAGUCUGCAUGCUGUUGAGUUUGGAGGUUAUGGGAUCAACACUUCACCAUCCUCUGACAGACAGGACAGGCCACAGAGUAAAGGAAGUUUCUCGAGAGAGAAAACAAAGAAUGCUCAUGUGCUUGCCAAUACCCAGUGGGACCACCAGCCUGGUACUUUGACAUCAUUCAGUUCGCCUGAGGCUCUCAAACACCAAAUGCAACAACAGUUCCCUGAUGUAGCCAGACAUAGACGUAGCAGAAGUCAAAGCAGAAAACAAAAAUUCAACUACAAUUAAGUUCUUUCUUCUAUGAAACAAACUUUGUGAAAUGCCAUUUAAAAAGUUCAUAAUUCUAAGUUAGCAAAUAGACUUGUUGUAACUUUAAAAAACUCUAUGUUUGUCAAAUAUUAUGAUCAACGUAUUAGUCCCUGAUUAGAGAUCUGUUGUCCUCCUUAAAAUAACUUCAAGUCUAUAGGUAAUGAAUAUUGAUUGACCUGAGCUAGUUUUUCAUCAUGGUUAUACAUGGCUAUAUUGUUUUCAUUUUGCUAUUUCUUUUGUAUUUUGUAAUUCAUUUUAUUGCAGCUAUUUGUAUCUUCUCUGUUUCCAGAGUUGGAUAAUUCUGUUGAUAAUACAUACAUUAUACACUCCAAAUGUUUCUAGAUUUAUUUGAGAAGAAGCUGUUUUUGGCUUGACCUAUAGUAGUUAGUCAUGUAGUGCUGUGCUUUCUAUAUAUGUAGAGAGUAGAGGAAAUAUACAUUACAUACUUGGCACUGCGUUAAGAAAUGUCACAGAUGUGCCUACUCCAUACAAGUCCAAAUGUAUGCACACACCAUCUUAAGUAAGAAAGGGAGAUGCACCCAAAGAUGUGAUCCUAGAUUUAGUAUUAGUGCUGCUCACAUAUGGCUUGUAAAAUGGAUAUAUUUUAUGGGUGAUUUUCCUAGAGUAGCUGAUGUAGCCUAUCACAUAUACAAAGUACUGAAAAGCUGUGUGUUUUAAAUAGAAUAAUUUUUUAAUACACUGUUUAGCACUGCAGAAUUAAAUUCUUAUUAUGUAUGGACAA